AUGGCAACCUCAACAUCCACCAACCCAAACACACUUCUCCCACUGGAGCUCAUUGACAAGUGCAUCGGCUCGAAAAUCUGGGUGAUAAUGAAGAACGACAAGGAGAUCGUCGGCACUCUGACAGGCUUCGAUGACUACGUGAACAUGGUUCUGGAGGACGUCGUCGAAUACGAGAACACCGCCGACGGCAAGCGAAUGACCAAGUUGGACACGAUUCUUCUCAACGGAAAUCACAUCACGAUGCUCGUGCCGGGAGGAGAAGGACCAGAGAUUUAA